AUGGAUAAUGAAAAAGCUAGAGAAUUAAAUGAAAAAUAUGCAACAUUAUUAAUAUUAGAUGUACCAGAAGGUUCAACAAUUGGAAUUGAUAAUAAAGUUUGGACGUCAGGUCCAAUGUUUAAAGGUGUUAAAAUGAUACCACCUGGUGUUCACAUGUUUCAUUGUACUUCUUCAAAUGAAUAUGGUGAUAGUGUUUUAAUAUCUAGUAGUUUUAUAUGGGUGAAUGAAAUCAAUAAUAAUAAAAAGAAUAAUAAUAAUAAUAAUAAUAAAGAUAAUUAUGUUGGUGAAGAAACUAAUGGUUCACAACAAGUUUUCAUAAAACGUUGGAAUAAAGAAGAAGAAGAUUUCUUUCCGGAUCAGUCAAUUACUGAACAAGAGAUUCAAUCUUAUACAUAUGCAGUUAGAAACUUUGAAUUUGAUAAAAAUCUUGCACCAUAUCCAUUCGAUGGUACUCAAAUUCAAUGGAAUUUACUAACAUCACAUAUCACCAAAUCCCUAUUGGAUAGAAUUUUACCAAUUUCAAAUAUCAUAAAUGGAGAUUCAUGUUCAUAUGAUCAACAACAAAAUAGUGCUUCUUCAAAAAAAGAAAAAAAACUUUUAAAUGAUUUAGAUUUAAAAUUAAAACAAUUUAAUGAAUCAAGAGGAUCACCCUCAACAAGUAGCACCACCACCACCACCACCACCACCACCACCACCAGUAGUACUACUAAUAAUAGUAAAUCAAAGAAUUGGGGUGUACCAUAUUUUUCAAAAAUACCAAAAAAUCCAAUAAUUCAAAAUUCAACAGCAACGACAACAACAGGUAAUAAUAGUAUUGAUAUUAGUAAUUUAAGUAAAUGGAAUAUUGAUAAAUCUGAAUGUAUUGAAUUUAUAAUUAAUAAAUAUUAUAAAGAUAAUGAAAUGGAUUUAUUAGGUGAAAUUGAAUUUUGUUUUGUGUUAUUUAUAUUUGGUAUGACAUGGUCAGGAUUUCAACAAUGGAAAGAAUUGGUGACGUUGUUUCUAUCAUGUGAUGAAUUAGUUUUAAAGAAACCAAUACUUUUUAUUGAAUUUUUUAAGAUAUUAAAAAAUCAAUUACAAGAAGCACCAAAUGAUAUGUUUGAAUCGGAAUUGUCAAAUAGAGUAUUCAUUAAACCAUUACUAAAACAAUUCAUUGAAUCAGUUUAUAAUCCUGAAUUUACAAAUCUUGAACAAUUAUCACCAAUUCAAUUACAAUUAUUUAAAACAAUAAUUGAUUUAAAAAAUUAUGUUUCAAAUAAAUUUAAUUGGAAUUUAAAUUUAUUUAAUCAAAUUAAUUUUAAUAAUAAUUAUAAUGAAAAUAAUAAUAAACCAUUUGGAAUUAAAAAAGAAUAUAAUGAAAAUAAUAAAAAUAAAGAUGAUGAUGAUGAUGAAGAUGAUGAUGAUGAUGAAGAAGAAGAUAAUAAUAAUAAUAAUAACAAUAGUAAUGAAAAAUCAAUUAAUUAUCAACAACAAAAUAACUAUGACAAUGAAGAUUAUGAUAGUGAAGAUGAUGAAUAUAAACCUGUAUUAGUAAUGGAUACUGAUAUGAAUUAUUUGUAA